AUGAGCGCCAACAAAACAAUGCCCGAGGAACUGGCUCUCGGUCCAGAAAGGACACAAUUGGAAUUAUCGGCUACAUGGGAUACCGACGGAGAUAUCGAUACAAACCUCCGCGCCGAGAGUAAUAAAAAGGGAUCAUUGAUUGAAUCGGACAACGCCAUUGAUAUAUUUUUCAGGUGCAACCGGAACGACCGAAACUGGAAAUGGGAGCAACGGAUUCUGGGACCUGGAGAUGAAGAUUGCGAGGAUGGAGACGGCGACAGCGAAGGCGAACCCGCAAAGAAGAAGCCGAGCCACGAUGGUAACACACAAAAUCCUUUUGCUCGUCUGGGCUGCCCUUACCACAAGUUUGAUCCCUGGCUCUACGACAACGAAACCUGCAGAAGCCCAGGGUGGAAGGAGGUUGCGAAAGUAAAGGAGCAUUUAUAUCGAUCUCAUUGCGUGCCAAAGCAUAUUUGUCUUCGGUGCCAGAUGGUCCUGAACAGCGCAGAGUCGCUCGCAGAUCACGCUCAAGAAGCCCAAGCUUGUGAAAGGCGAGUUCCCGUAUGGACGUGCCAGGUUGAAGACGACCAGAUACCCGACCCUCAGUCUUCGCUGCAGUCUUCCGGUCAAGAACAGACGCCCACGAGCUCGGGCAGCCCAGCCGACUCCGGCCGGUCCAGCUCUGAUCGACCUCUGCCAGGCCCAUCUGCGCGCGAUCCAUGGAUUCGAUGCCAAAAGGAUGCUGCUUCGCAAGAAACCAAGAUCGCCGAGGCGGCGAGCGUCCUGUUUCAGGGUCCUCGCAGCGCGCAUGAGGACGAGGUGGGGCCCAACCCGACCCUUACUUUCCACACUUCCCCAAACUACACCACGAACAUCCUCAGCCUUCUCUUCCACGACGACCCCAUCCAGGACAGCCCUGGAGGCACCACCACCUUCUUUUCUGACCCCAUCAUGACGACCUUCUCGACCGACCCAGCCCUCUACAUCUUCACCUCCCUGACAGCCGGCUCCUCGCACAUUGUCACAGCCACGUCGCGCCUCGAGACCAUCCUCCGCGCGAACCGCGUCCCCUUCAAGGCCGUCGACCUCGCCACCGACCAAAAGGCCCGCAUGCUCUGGGGACGCCGCGCCGGCAAAGAUGCAUCCGGCCGCGUGCGCAAGCUGCCCGGCCUGGCGCAGGAGGGUCUCAUCCUCGGGGACCUCGUUGAAAUCGAAGACUGGAACGAGUACGGCGAGCUGAAGCAGCACGUCAAGAUCUACUACGACGAGUUCACCAUCCCCACCAUCCACAACAAGCCGAAAGACCCGCCGAAACGAUUCGUCCAUCCCAUCACCGGCGCCCCCAUGAAGGGCGGGUCCAAAGCCGGUUCCAAAGCCGCGGCCGGUGCGGCAGCCGCGGCGGCGGCGGCAGCGUCGGCCUCGUCCUCAUCCUCCGCGAAGCCGGCCGCCCCGCCGGCCGCCCCGCCGCUGCCCCCGGCCGAUGAGAAGAAAGCGGCUACCGCGGCACCGGCGAAGAAGGCCGAGACGGGCGAAAAGGUGACGAUGCCGAUCCGCUCCAUCGCCGACGAGGCGGCCCAGAAGGCGAAGGACCUGCGUCUCGCGGCGCUGCGGGCGAAGGUCCACGGCAGCAAGGCCAAGGCCGAGGAGAAAGCCAAGGCAGAGGCCUCGACGAAGGAGGCAGAAGACAAGGCAGCAGUUGCGAAGCCGGAGGACAAGGCAGCAGUUGCGAAGGCCGAGGACAAGGCAGCAGUUGCGAAGACCGAGGACAAGGCAGUCGAGGAAAAGAAGACGGAAGACAAACCGACGGCACAGACAGAAACAAAACCAACCGAGCAGGACACGACGGCCGAGAAAGAAGCAGAAGCAAAGCCCGCACCCACAACCCCAGCCAAGGCCGCCGCCGCCUCGACCUCGACUUCCUCCCUGGCCACGACGACCUCCUCGUCCGCCCCCGGCGGCAGCAGCAGCAGCAUCUCGGCCUUCCGCGCCGCGACGGCCCUGCAGUCCCCGACCCGCACGACCUGGGUGCCCGCCUCGCCGGCCUCGACCGACGCCCUGCGCGAGACGCUGCAGUCGCCGACGACGGCGCGCUGGAAGGCCGCCGCCACGUUUGAGGCCCCCGCCGCGAGCCACAUGGGCGCUGCCCUCGCGGCGGCGUCGCAGGAGGAUAUCGCCGCCAUCGAGAAGGCCGAGGCGAUACCCGAGGAGGACGAGGACGAGGAUGACGAGGACGAAGAGGAAGAGGAAGAGGAAGAAAGCAGCGAAGAGGAAGAGGAGGAGGAGGAGGAGGAGGACAGCAGUGAGGAGGACAGCGACGAGGAGGAAUCCGAGGAGGACGGCGAGGACAAGGCCGAGGCUGCGGUUGCUAAACCUGCCGCUGCUACGUCUGCUUCUGUUGCCACGCCGCCCGCUGCCCCUGCCCCUGCUGCUGCUGCUGCUCCGCCUGUUCCGAAGCCGGUAGAGAGCGCAAGUGAAAGUGAUGAAGAAAGCGAGAGCGAGAGCGAGGAGGACGAUGACGACGACGAGGAAGAACAAGUCAAGAAGCCAGCAGCAGCAGCGCCGGCUCCGGCUGCUGCGACUGCUGCGCCGACAGCGGACAAGUAG